AAGCGUCCCAAAUGUAAUCCGAAACUUGGACUGAGUGGCAUAGCGAACCUCGCUGUUCCCUCCCAUGCAGUGACAUCACCAAGCCCAUAGCUUUCUACAAGCGCUGAGAAUCCGCGCUAACAGUCCUACAAAGGAGAGGGACGUCACCUGGCUCAUAAUACGCGCCCGUCUGGAACUCUGGAUGCUUUCACCACUCACAAGUUUACGGAUGAAAUGGAAGGCCUCCAAUGACUGGUCAUGGCCCUUGGCAUAAUGGAUGUGGAUGAUUAGCCUGAACUGGGAAAAGAGCAAGAUGGCUGCUCAUCGAAUCCGAGCGACGAGUAAUAUCGCUCUCCCUCGCUGCAGGUCUGAGGGGACACUGAUUGAUCUGAGCGAGGGAGUUUCUGAGGCUGGCCUCACGGAUGUCAAAGUGCCUUCUUCCGUUGCCUUAAGGCUGGACGACUCUGCCUCCUAUGGCAAUAUACGGGAAGUUGUUGCCAUCAAGGAUUACCGUCCGUCGAGCUUCACCACCCUGAAGUUCUCCAAAGGUGACCGGCUCUUCGUGCUGGACGCCUCGAGCGGGGAAUGGUGGUAUGCCCACAACAACACUGAGAUGGGCUACAUCCCAUCUGCCUACGUUCAGCCGCUCAGCUACUGCAGCUCCUCCCUCAGCGACAGCGGGGUCAUCGACAGCGCGGGCGACAGUGCCGAUGACGGGGCCAGGGAGCCCGAUCUCCUCGGGGAGUGGACCGGGGUGGUCCUGGAGCCCACUCCCUUCUCCAACCACAGUUCCACCAACCCCUUUCUCAACGGGGUCCUGCAGGGUGGGCUGGACCAGAACAGCAAUGAGAAGGCCAUGCGCAGUAACGCAGACUUUCUCUAUGGCACCCUGGUGCCCUCCAUUUCCAACCCCUUCGCCACCUCCAGCAACUAUGGCAACAAUUGCUUCGACAUCACACCCACAAGCCCCAACCUGGAGGCUGUGCAGAACCUUUCCCGGGACAACCCUUUCUUCAGGAGCAAAAGGUCCUUCAGUUUGUCGGAGCUUUCUAUUCUGCAGGCUCAGUCUAAUGUUGUGCCCGCCUCCUUUGGGUUCUGUACUGGUUUAAAAGCCCCAUCGCCUGAGCAGUUCCAGAGUAGGGAGGACUUUAGGACUGCAUGGCUAAACCACAGGAAGCUGGCCAGGUCUUGUCAUGACCUGGACUCCUUGGGACAGAACCCUGGGUGGGGCCAGACUCAGCCAUUAGAGACUAGCAUUGUGUGUAAACUGGAUAGCUCUGGAGGGGCAAUCCAGCUACCAGACACUAGCAUAAGUAUUUACAUCCCUGAGGGUCAUGUGGUACCUGGGGAAAACCAGCAAAUCUCCAUGAAGGCCUUGCUGGAUCCUCCUUUGGAGCUGAACAGUGACAGGUGCUCCACCGUGAGUCCCGUGGUGGAGAUCAAACUGAGCAACAUGGAAAUAAAGAGCUUUAUCACUCUGGAGAUGAAGGUGUCCGUCGUGGUGAGGAAGGAGAGCAGGCAGAUGGCUGAGGUGGUGUGUGUCAGGAGUGACUGCAAGGAGGGUCCCUACACCCCUGUUUCCCAAGCUUACAUGUAUGGGGACAUGAUCCAGGUCCAUCUGGACAACCUUGAGCCCUGCAUGUACGUUGCUAUCGUGGCAAAAGUGCAGCACAUCUCACAACAUUUGACAGUGUGGGAUCAUGUGAUGAAGAAGGUCACCCUGGGCGUCUAUGGUCCUAAACACAUCCAUCCCUCCUUUAAGACCGUGGUGGCCAUCUUUGGACAUGACUCUGCUCCCAAGACCUUGCUGGCAAAUGAGGUGGGGAAACCAGUCCAUUCCACACCUCCAGUGGCCCUGCAGCUCUGGGGAAAGCACCAGUUCAUCCUGGGACGGCCGCAGGACCUCCGGAUAGGCAUGUACUCCAACAUAUCCAACUAUGAAGUCAAGGACAGUGAACAAGCUCGGCUGGUACAGGGUUUUCAAAUUAGACUGGGGAAGGUGAGCCGGCUCAUUUACGCCAUCACCUCACGGAAUUCUGAAGACUUAUCUGACUUCACCCUUCGGGUUCAGGUCAAAGAUGACCAGGACUGCAUCCUGGCCCAGUUCUGUGUGCAGACGCCACAACCCCCUCCAAAAACUGUGGUACGGAAAACAGGCCAGAGGAGGUUCCUAAAGAAAAAGGAAGUGGAUAAGAUCCUUUUGUCUCCUCUGGCUAUAAGCUGCAAAUACCCAAUCUUUCAUGAACGAUGUAUCAUCAAUUUGAAAUUCGGGAAGUUACUAAAAACGGUAAUCAGGCAAACUAAAAACCAGUACCUCUUGGAGUACAAAAAAGGAGAUGUUAUUGCAUUGCUUAGUGAGGAGAAAAUAAAACUAAAAGGACAACUGUGGACCAAAGAGUGGUAUAUUGGAUAUUAUCAGGGAAGGACCGGGCUUGUUCAUGCAAAAAAUGUUCUGGUUAUGGGGAAGGUCAAGCCCAUAUAUUUCUGCGGGCCUGACCUCACUACCACCAUGUUAUUGGAGCAGAUCCUAAAGCCAUGCAAAUACCUUACCUACAUUUACGCCUCCGUGCGCACAAUCCUGAUGGAGAACCUGGGGAACUGGAGGGCUUUCGCUGAUGCCCUGGGCUACAGCAACCUCCCUUUGUCAUAUUUCUGCCGGGCAGAGACGGACAGUGAGCCGGAGAGGGUGGCCUCUGUUCUCGAGAAGCUCAAGGAGGAUUGCAACAAUCCGGAAAACAAGGAGAGGAAGUCGUUUCAGAAGGAGCUCAUGACCGCUCUGCUGAGAUACUGCCAGGGGUUGGUGGUCGGCUCUGAGGAGCUGUGGCGGGAGAGGCUGGCCAAAGUGUCGCGGCAGCAGAUGGACGCCUACGAGGCGCCCCACAGGGAUAAGAACGGCGUGCUGGACAGCGAGGCCAUGUGGAAGCCAGCCUAUGAUUUCCUGUUGACAUGGGCGGCCCAGAUUGGGGACAGUUACAGGGACGUUAUCCAGGAGCUGCAUCUGGGGCUGGACAAGAUGAAGAGCCCCAUCACCAGGCGCUGGAAGCACCUGACGGGCACGCUCAUCCUCGUCAACUGCCUGGAUUCCCUCCGCAGCUCCGCCUUUAGCUCCGCCUCCCAGGACGACUUUGCCAUCUAAGCCCCGCCCCCUGGGCAACGCUCCACCCCCUCAGGAUGAUUUUUACUAUUUUCACCCCCCCAUCCUUUGGCCUGACCUUACUCCAGGGUUUAGCCCAGGCCCUACAGAGCGGCUGGGGGUAUGCUGGUCUCUGUGGUUACUCAGCAUGGCGCAAUCAACCUUUUUGAUUGGUCAAUUAACUGGCCUCGUAUGUAUACCUGGACUUGAAUUGGGUGCCGAUGAAGGUGAGAACAAAAUCAGAUCCCGUACCUCUCCAGGACCCACCCCUCCAUUAUGAUGUCACUCUACAUUUUCUGUCAAUCAUUUUUGGAAUUUUCCUUCAACCACGCCCCCCCAGGUGGACCUUGAUAGCUGUGUGCUGUCCCUUCUGCGGCACACAGGACCUCCCGGGCGGGGCCUGCAGCCAAAACACGCGAGUGGUGUCGCUGUGAGACCACCUCAGAAUGCAUCCACUUGUCUAACGAAGGGUUCUGGAAAUGCACAAACCCAAGAGAGUAUGGAACUGCAGGAGAACUUCUGUGGCUUCAUAUCACACCGAUUACAGAUUUUAAAAAAACAAAAAACAAAAAGUGUUGACCAAAGUUGAUCAGAUGGAUUCACAGCUCUUUUUUACGUAGGAUACGAAGUCAGAGGUGUUGUUUAUGUGCUUGGUUUUUUUGAGGGAUUUCACAGCACCCACUCCAUGGCAGACUUUAAGACUUAUUUUAGGAAAAUGUCUGCUAUCACUUGUAAGGCGAGGAAUCAUUCCACAGAGCCAUAAAAUAUGGCUUAUUCCAAAUGGAUGCUCUAUUCCUUUUAUAAUUAUCUUUUCAUCCUGGUGUAUUUAUUUUAUUCGAUGAUGUAUCAUGAGAGGAUUGUAUGGCAGGUUGGGCCCUAAAACAUAAUGUGCUACAGUCAGCAAGCCUACAGGUUUCCACUUUCUCUUUGAAAAAUUCACAUUUUGCCGGGCGACAAAUUUCUAAUAUAUAUUUUUCAGAUGUGCUCCCUACUAGAGUCAGUAAUAGGGUUGCAGUAUAUGCUUCCUGUACCCCUGUCUGUAAUGUAGUAAUAAUGUUUUUAUUUUCUUGGCAGAUUCUCGUGCAGCCAUUCCAACAGAAGCAAUCCUGAGUAAUUUGCAACACUAUAAAGUCUUGUCCCUCCCUAGUCUGCAAAAAACAGCGGUUUAAUGAUGCAUCCCUCAUUUCCGAAACCUAAUGCACCUGCUGCCGCAAAUAAGGACCAAACAGUCUUCUUUAUUGUGAAAUCUGUGGGCUCUAUUUUACGGCUGUCUCAUGGCGCGUAGCGAGCUAUGGCACUAGGGAAUCGGUAGUUUCGCUGUGGAUUUGGACGUGCCUGGGUUCAUCUGGUAAUUUAGGGACUCUCAAAACACCGAAGUAGGGGGAGAGGUGCGGUGGGGGGGGUGUGUCAGGGAAGAUCAAGCAGUACACAGAAUUUUGGGUGUCAGAGUACUCAGCGUACAGCGAGUUGCUAAUCUCAGGGCUUUCCUAGUCAGUGAGCGUAGGAUGAUCGAGGAUCAUAACCAGGCAAUCAACCGUUUAAGUGGAUCAUAUGCUGUCCAAUUUGAAUUUGAUAAAAAAGAAUCCCCCAAGCAGGAUAAAUGCAUACUUUUCUGUUUUCAUAAUGUUAAUUCCUUCAUUUAUUUCUGUUUUUAAUUGUUUAUGGCUGUUUUUAUACUGCACUGUGGUCCCAGGGGUACUGUAUUCCUUUCUUUCUCUUACAUCCGUCAGUAAUAAGCGACGAUGAACGCACCAAGACCUUGAACAAUUUUUCAUUGUAAUUAUUCUACUGUAGUUAAAAUGAUAGCUACAUGCAAACUGCAUUCAUUAACAACAAUAGUUAUCUCCUCCCUAGUUAAUUUAACUUAAUUGGGUAUCGCUCAAUAGUGACUAAUAGACAACAAGCAAUGUUACUGUUUUGUCUGCGGGGAAUACCUUUAGGGAGUUUAAAAAUAAAGUUCAGGUGUGGGUCAUGCUAUCCACAUAGCCGGUAGGCUAUAGAUUCCAAAUGGAGGAAGAAAAAUUGUAACUCCACCAGACCUCAGGAGUGCCAUUUGGGACUAAUACGGAGGAGAUCGAUCCGUUCAGUUUCGAUGUUGAGAGACUGAACUGAGAAUUACAGUCUGAGUCGAGUGAAUGAUGGGCUCAUGCUAUAGGCUGACCAGACAUCAUCUUUUUUCUUCGAACCUUUUGUCUUUUUGUGACAGAGAAUAUCCAUUCAGACUGGAUUUCUAAAUUCCUGAAUUGUUUGUUUAGGUUUUGCUCGUUCCACAGACCGUAUAUAAUAGGGGUGCAGUGAUAUUUUGUGGUACGAAAUUUUGCUAUUCAAAAACAUGACGAUACCCAUGGUGCUGCUGAAAAGUGAAAUCUUAAUUCUUUCAAUAGUGCCACAAAAAAGCACGCUUUAGCUCAAUUUGCCCGGGACUCGUUUUAGGGCGUCCCCAGGGGGUCCUGUAAUGUCAUUUCUAUCCAUUAUGUUUGUCAUUGCAGCGGAGCAUUCUGGAUAAUCCCUUCUUUUUCUGUUCUGGACACAGUGUACUUUUUCUCCCCUCUUGCUUUUGAUCAAUUUGCACACAAACUCUGAAUCCAUGUGACUUUUGAUAGCUGGAAUACAACUGCAACUCAUGCUGGUUGGUUAAACCGGUGGGCGUUAACCAAGGCUUUUCUGUUCUAUCCUAUAGAGAACAGGGAUGCAAUUUUUUACUGCUUUCCAGCUGUCCACUGAAGUGGUGGAAAGAAAAUGCUCAUUUCUUCUAUGCUUGCCUCAAAAACAAAAGGCAAAAGCAUACCAGUUCCAGCUACUUCAUUCCCAAUUCUGACCAUUUUUUAGCUGCAGGAGACAAUAGUAAAUUCUCAAAGAUCUUAGCUGCUUUCAAAAUUUAGAUUUUUUGAAAACAGCAUUUCCUUAUUCUAGUUUAAAAACAGAAAAUCUGUCUCUAAUCAUUGAAGAUUCUGCAGAUUCUUUCAAUUUAAAUUGAGUUUUAUGGCCACAGCCCAACUCUGGUGUUAAAAGUCUAUUAGUCCAACUGAGUUAAGAUAUGUGCACUUUAUUAAAACGAGGACAUUCUUGUUUAGACAUUUUAUUUGCAUUAUAUUGCGAUUUAUUUUAACAUCAUGUCUGCUUUUAAAAGCUAUUUAAUUGAAAGAGCUAUGAGGAAAGACUUAAGAUGCUUAACCCUUUCAAGGUUAGUAAAAGGAGACUCAGGGGUGAUGUGAUUGAAGCUUUUAAAUUCAUAAAGGGGAUCAGCAAAGUGAACUACAAGAGAUUCUUCAGGUUGAGUUCUGUUAGUAGAACAAGGGGACAUAAAUGGAAAUUAGCAAAAGGUAAAUUCCAUACAGACAUUAUGAAGAAUUUUUUCAUUCAGAGAGUAGUCAAUGUGUGGAUUAGCCUGCCAGGUCACCUAGUAGAGGCAGAAACUCUGGGGAUUUUCAAGACUAGGCUUGAUACAGUGUUAGAUACUAUCUAGUCUGUAGGUAAUCAGGGCACUAAUCUAGUCAGGAAAAUGGCAGCAUUGUUGGUCUGAAUGGCCUGUUCUUGUUAUUGUUAUUGUUAUAUUAUGUUAUUGAAGAGAUUCUUUUUGCAUUCGCACUGAAAACUGUACAUUUUGUUUGCAAAAUAAAAAAAAAAUGGUUUAACUUAAAAAGUUUUGCAGGAAUAGUCUUCUACAGUCCUAAUUUGUUUCAUUCAAACUUUGUUAAAACCAUUGUGAGUGUAUCGAAUCGUGAACCCUGUAUUGUGUAUCCUACCGAAUCGUGAGCUGAGUUUAUCGUUACCUCCCUAGCAUAUAAACAAACAAACAAACAGCCUAGUACUAUGUUCACAUUCCCACCUGUCCCUGUUGUCCUGUUUUGAAAUCUGAUAUAUGGUAACCCUACACUGCAUUAUAUUUUUUCUUCUGAUUCAGCAACAGUUCAUCUACCGUUUUAUUGCUGUGAACCAUCAUUGGCAUUGUCAGGGUUUUAUAUUGUUUAAUAAAAUUUCAAAAUACUGUUGCCCUUAUCUAUUAGUUAUAGCAUAGCGUGCUUAAGCUUAAAGUUUAACUACAGAAUUAAUGGGAAAUGAUAAUUUUACAUUCAGGCAACAUUUGAUUGAAAAUUUCACAGUAGAAAAUUGGAAAACAAAUGUGUUAUUUAUGAGAGAUGUUUUAACUCAGUGUUUGACAGCCCCACUCUGCACAAGAACUCCUGUACUCAUCUCUUUGGAGAAGCUUCUUCUGAUGACUGUAUCCACCUCUUCCACUGCAGUGGUAGACCGUGGAAAUUGGCAGUAUACCGGGCACAAAGCACCCCAUUCUUAAAAGGAAUGAAAAGAGGUAAUUUGAUUGGCUGUGACUGAAUCCAGCUGCAACACACCUAUUGGUAAUAUAUUCAGCCAAAUCCAGCCCAUUUCCCACCCGCCCCAGGCACUUUGAGCUGUGUUCCUCGGUGUGCACCUGAAUUCAGCAGCCACUCCCAGUGCACCAUGUGGACUGGGCCCAAGCGCCGUGCACCUUUGAUUCCGAAAUAUAGAGCCCUGUGAGGUAAAGGACGAGCUUGUGCUAGCAGCCCACAUCUCUGUUUGUGUUCAGAAAUACAGCCAGUGGUGUUUCCAUGAAUUCAAAUUAUAUUUAUAUUGUUGAUGUUCAUCUGAGGACAUAUAUUUUACGCUUAAUAAGGCACAACAGAAAUUGUGCUCAAAGUUUGUUUGGAAUGUAUGUCAGUAAUGAAAAGAAUUCACAAAUGGAAGGGUAAUAAUUUCAUUUCAAAAACAUGUCAGUCUAAAAGGAUUCAAAUGUAUGUGUAUGUUUGUGAACAUUUUGCUUGUUUAUGAAGAUAUCUCAUUUAAAAGGAUGAAAGCGUGCUUGCAGUGGCUGUGUUUAUGUUAAUACUCCUCUUCACUCUCUUCCUGCUGUAGCUCUUGUUAAGGAAGAAAUCCAUGGCUUCAAUUUUGCUGUGUUUUUAGAGCAUUUUUUACAAACAGGUUUUGUAUUUUUUCUACUGAAGGAUGCUGUAAAAUAAAAACACAGCUCUUUUUAGUAUUUGCAGUUUUUUUAAAAAAAGUAAAAAAGUAAUAAAAAAAAGUACAAUGCCAACAAAAUGUUCAAACAUUUCAGUCUUUCUGUAUUUGUCUGUGUAUUGCAAUCAUGGCAGUGUAUUGUGUGGAAGUUACCAGUAGUUUUUUUUUUGGUUUGUUUUUUUUCCGUCCAUUUGAAGGGACAAACUAAAUGUGUGUACAUAGUAAAAGGGAAUGUUUCAGUGGAAUGGUCAUACUGUACAAGUUUCAUUAAUCUGUCCGUGGUAUGGGGAACAAAUAUACGUAUUCACAAACACGAAAACAACAUUUUUAUCAUUUUUCUCCCCACUUACAUAUUUUAUUUUUUAGACUUUGUGAGUUAAUCACCGGUUUCUGUGUAUGAUGUAAAUUCAAUAAAGUUGCUGUACGUUUGGAAAUA